AUGGAGGCGCCGGGAAUGCAGGGAAUGGACUACGAGAAUCUGAAGGAGCCAGGAGCUCCGUAUGCCCAGCUCUUUGGGGAAACCCAGCUGCCCAGCAUCAGCAGGUUUGUCACUGACACUGGGAGGUCCUUGGCCACAUACUCCUGGAGUUCCACAAAUCAGGGUGUCAUAAUUCUGGUCCAUGGCUUUGCUGAACAUUUGGGUAGAUAUUACCAUGUGGCCGACUUCUUUGUGAAUGAAGGCUUUGAUGUUCAUGGUGUGGAUCACAUGGCCCAUGGCUUAUCAGAUGGUUUUGCCGGAGCCUAUGGGAAGCUGGACAUGGACGAGCUUGUCACAAGUUGGAGUCAAUACAUCCUUGCAAAGGUUUGCCCCUUGGCAGGAGCUCACUAUAUUUACUGCCAUUCAACUGGCGGAUUGAUUACUCUUUUGGCUCUUGAAACCCUGGCGAGCAAGUGGGACAAGCUUCAGGGCGUGAUCUUCUCAGCGCCGCUGAUCAGGCAGCCUUCGCCCAUUGCACAGCCCAUGUAUUGCUGCCCUACACUUUCAACGUGCUGCCUGUCCUGUGGCCUGGCCUGUGGCACCUGCUGCUUGAUUCCUGGAAUCAAGCCUGCACAAUUGUCUGGAUACAAAGCCUUCCUAGCAGCUGCUGAAAAGGAUUCCCUGUACUUUGGAUGGAAGGCCAACUUCUCGGUGAUCAGGGCACUGUUGCAGGGCACAGUGCAAGCACAGAAACAGCUCCAGCGACCGUCCUACCCCUUUCUGGUGAUGGUCAGUCCGAAUGAUGAAUUAGUCGAUCCCACAGCUGCCAAAGCGCUUUUCGAGCAAGCAGCCAGCACCACCAAAGCUUUCGAAAUCGAUGCAUUCAGAUUUGCACAACAUGAGCUACACAACGAGGACAGAGUAGUAUGCAUGUUUUGGGUCCUCGUCUUUAUGAUCAUGACGCUCUACUCCGUGGCCAUCCUAUGCACUCGGCUAAUUGGUCACGGCAGCGUCAUUGGUGAGGAUGCUGACGAAGACCUCCAGAAAAUCAAGGAGAUGUUUAGCUCGGUGAGUACCAGCAUGUUCACUUUGUUUGGCACUGUGAGCAGUUGGAGCCUCAUGAAAUUCGUUCCUUUGUUUGAGGAGAUGCCGAUGUUGCGGCCUUUGUUUGUCGUCUUCUACAUCUACUCUGCUUGGGCUUUGCUUGCAGUCAUGACAGGUGUGGUGAGUGAAAACAUGAUUGCCAUACGUGAUCAGAUGCAAAAAGAAGACGAGCAGCGAGAGGAGAAGAGGAAGUCGAUGAUCACCAAAGUUCUCAUGGAGCUCUUUCGGGAGGCCGACGUUGACAACAAUGGCAUUGUCUCCCGUCAGGAGUUCGAAGGAAUGCUCAAAUCACCUGAGCUGGUGAAGAAGAUCACAAAGAACACACGAAUGAAGGUGCAAGAUUUGAUUGAUCUUUUUGACUGGAUAGACCAUGACAAAGGUGGCACCAUCACGAUUGACGAAUUCAUGACUGGCUUUAAGUGGAUCAAUGAACCUUUGCGGGCGAAGAGUUUGGUGAAGCUUCAGGAGCGACUUGCAGGUGAUUUGAAGCUCUUGGAGAGCACUGUGCAUCUCGUCUUUGUGACAAUUUCUAGAAAGGUUAAGAGGAGCAAGAAGCUACUAGGAGCAAAGGGCAUCGCUACUAGGAACGAGGACGCUACUAGGGGCUCCUGGCCUUACUACUAG